AUGUCUUCUGCUUUCAAAACGGUUGCGGAAGAAGUGGACAAGCUGGCCAGCAAUGACUCGCUGGAGCACAUAUUGGCCGAUUCCAACUCAUUGUUGGACGGCCUGCGCAGACUCAGAAACGACGUGGAGAACGAUCAAGAUGAUAUGACAAUGAUAAAAACCCAGUUCAAGAGCUGGAAUGAAAACACGCUGAAGCACGAAAAAUCCAUCAACAAAGCAAUCAAGGGUUACAGCUCCAAAGUCGACAAAGUGCUCAACUUCAACCUAUCUAAUGUCUACACCUAUCAAACGGUGGAUGUCAAAUCAAACCCGCGUUCGCGCAAAUUGGUGGACCGGGCAAUUGUGAUGGACUUGCUGCGCAAUGGCCACUUUGACGUUUUGGAGCACAUUGAAAGGGAACGCGGCAUCAAGAUACCGCAGGAGCUGGUGGACAGGUUCAAGCAGCUUAAUGAAAUCCUAAUCAGUUUCAGAGAACACGACGAUCUACGGCCAGCAAUCACUUGGGCCGCACAACACUCCGAUGAGUUGAAAUCCAUAGGUUCAGAUUUGGAGUUUAACCUGCACAAGCUGCAAUUCAUCAAGCUUUACAAUCAGAGCAGAAAUAACGAGCCGUUCGAAGCUUACAAAUACGCAAGGGACAAUUUCCCCAAUUUCGGAACCACGCAUUUAGACACCAUUUCGAAACUGCUAUUCACAAUCAUGUACUCCUCAUCGACGCCUGAAUGUGGAUUUGAGAAUUAUCUCACGGACGGGGAUCUAUCAAACGAGACCUUUUACAAUCAAAUCUGUCAGGAUUACUGCUCUUUGAUCGGACUUUCUUCAAAUUCGCCUCUCUACAACACACUGCUCACCAGCUACAUCGCCUUGCCCAGCUUCAUCAAGUACCAUAGGAUCUCCAAAAGCUCGGGAAAUCUUAAUUGGACCACCACCAACGAGCUGCCAUUCGAGAUCAACCUGCCUCCAUCGUUGCAGUUCCACUCCAUCUUCAUCUGUCCGGUGUCCAAGGAAGAAACAACUUCGGAAAACCCCCCUAUGGUGCUCCCGUGCCAUCAUAUCAUUUCCAAAGACAGUCUCAUCAAGCUGAGUCGCAACAGUGUAGCGAACUUCAAAUGCCCUUACUGUCCGCGAACAACCACAAUUGCCCAGGCUGUGCAGGCUAGAUUUGUUAAUUUGUGAAAAGAAAAAAUUUAUUCCGCUAUGCCUAAUCGAAGAGCCCGCAAGAAAAGACGGACAGAGGACUUUUCCAGCUCUUCAGCAUCUGAAAGCGAUAGUGACUCCGUAAGCGUGACCAGUGUACAGGAAGAACAACCAGAUGCUCCCGAAACAUAUACCAUAGAUGGCCUGGACACGCACGAGGUGUCUGACAGCACGCGGCUCAGACUCCAACAGCUGAACGCAGACAGGUUGACCAGCAUAGAGCAAACCCUUUCUGGGAACCUAAAACUUGACAUAAACGGAGUACGCCAGAUAGAUGAUGCGCGUGAGCAGCUACAGAACGAGUAUCUGAAAAAACUGCUUGUCACGUAUUCUGAGGACCUGGAUGCGCUUCGUCAGAAAAGUGAUUUCAAGGAAAACUCACUCAAAACCCUCGCCCGUCUCCUCAAAGAGAGCGGAAACAUUUUUGAUGACGCAACUCUCAAGUCGCUAGUUGAGUGAUGUAUAUGAUAAUGUCUAAUUUUAAUUCAUUAGUGUGCAAGAUCUGGGCUUAGCCGGUCUAAGUGGAAUAGUCAGGCUGUGCAAGCCACGAUUAAAAUU